AUGGACAACGUAAGCGAACUGAUACGAUGCAUUGAUUUUGCUGCCGUAAAGCACAAAGAUCAAAGAAGGAAAGAUGAAGAGCAGACACCAUAUAUUAACCAUCCCAUAGGCGUGGCAAAAAUAUUGACUGACGAGGCAGGAAUUACAGACAUUGCUGUGAUCCAGGCAGCAUUACUACAUGAUACAGUUGAGGACACUGAUACCUCGUUUGAUGAACUGAACCAACAUUUCGGCCCAGAAGUUUGUGGUCUUGUUAAGGAAGUUACUGAUGACAAAACAUUACCAAAGAUGGAAAGAAAACAGCAGCAAAUCAACCAUGCACCUCACACUAGUUAUAAAGCCAAGUUAGUAAAGUUAGCAGAUAAAAUAUACAACUUACGUGACCUCCGUAGGUGUACGCCAUGUGGAUGGACUAAUGAACGUGUACACGAGUAUUUUGUGUGGUCCUCAAAGGUAGUGGCUGGACUUCGAGGUACAAACAAGAAAAUGGAGAAUUUGUUGGACGAUAUAUUCAAGGAGAGAGAUAUAAUGCUAUAAUGCUUUAUUAUUUUAUUUCAAUUUUCUCUUUUUAUUUAGGGUUUAUAUUUACCACAACAGCUGGGUUUUAUUCAACACCAAAGGCAUCAACUUAUCUUCCCAACUGUUGUAUACACAUCCAUUUUAUUCCAUGUGUAUGUUUUGAUGAUAUGAUACACUUAGAUUGAGAGGGCACUGAAUGCACUCAGGGAAAUUAAAACACACAAUAUUUUGUGAUGAUUUGAUUUUUAUUUGUGUUUUCUUUCCUUCUUUAUACCACCAGAAACAAAGUUAGUAUACUGGAUUAACCUUACCCUCUGCCCGUCUAUCGUUAAUAAACUUUUUCCAGAUGAGGAUGUGCUCAGUUUACAACAGAUUUAAAAGUAAAAUUUUGGGAAUGGCCAGUAAAAUAUUGAAAUGUUGCCCCCUAACUGAUUCUACAUUCCACCAUAUCGUUUUUUAGAGAGUUAACCUUUAUAUAGCCAUUUUCCGAGGAUCCCAUUCAUUGAUUUGAGAUUUGGUUCACACCUUCCUUAAACUGCCAUUUAACAUGUAAUACAGGAUUUUUCCUUGUUUUUUUUCUGCAAGUUGGUUGCCAUGGUAACUUUAAACAGGUUUUUCAAUAAAUGGCUAUUACUCCUUGGUUAUUCAAAAGAUUUUAUUAACUAAUUAAAACCUAUAGUAGGAUAAUUAGGUGUUUCAGAACUUUCGUUAAUUUGUUACUUUUUUUUCAUGGAGUUUUGACAAAUUUUAUAUAUAGAGGUCAGUUGAGUCUGGGGGGAGGGGGAGUUGUUAUCCUCAGGAUAGCAAUUCUAGUUUUGCUUUGAAGAUAAAAGUCCAAUUUAAUUAUUGUUAUCAAUGUCGAUCUGCUACAAUGUCUCAAUGUAUUUCGGAAAUUUUCAUUGCAUCAAUAUGAGUUUUUCACUAGAGUGAUUACACCUGAAUUGAUGACAUCAUCAAAACAUGUGUGGGUACAGAACUUCAAAAUACUUCCUUUAUUAUGGUAAAAACCAGUCACACACACUCUCGUUGAUUAUUGUCCGAAACACAAGAGUGAACAAAUAGCAUAAACCACAAACAUUUCUUGUUUACUCUAUUUACCAUUGGUUAUUUACAUAUUAAUUGUUUUAUGUAUAUACAAGUGGAAAAAUAUCACAUCAAUAUAUACCAGUAGAUGUUACUGUUUGUUUUGUUUGAUAAAGGAAGAUCAGUAUGGUAAGUGUCAAAUUUAUUAGAUAAACUACACCACAGCUUAUUUAGUGUAAAACGUACAUUGUAGAUAUAGAAAGUGGUCGACAUAUACCUUAAUAUGACAACAGCUUGCUAAAUAUGGAGUGCAGAAUUGAUAAAGUAUUUAUAAGUAGAUUUGUUUAUUGGGUGUAAUCAAUUCAUCAAGAUUCGAUAAAGAAAAUUACUUAAUAAACAUAUAUGUUGCUUGCCAGUACAUUUUUUACCAAAGACAGAUAUUUAUGUACAUUAGGUUUAUGUUAUGUUGGGUUCAUCAGUUUGAUUUACACUUUUAGUUACUUGUUUCCAACUUACUUGUGAUAUUUAAUAAAUCUAUAUACUUGUAUACAUUUAAAUGUAUAAAUACACAUCAUGUCUACUCUCACAUUUCCAGCUAAAUAUCAGAGUAUA